AUGGCGAGCGCCGUGCUCAAGCAGGCAGGUGCCGCGCCGCCCACACUCCAGGACUCGCAGACAGAUGCCUUGCUCACCCUCCUCAAUCUCAACGCACCUGUCGACUCCGCGGGUAGUGCAUCGCAGUCUGCCUCCAAAGGCCCUUCUCUCAAAGUCACAUCUCCCAGCGGCCCUCCCGUCUGGAAAGUGCUCGUGCUCGAUCAGUACACCAAGGAUGUCCUUGCCACCGUCCUUCGCGUACAAGACUUGAGAGACGUCGGUGUCACGCUGCAUAUCCAGCUUCACUCCAACAGGCCACCGUUGCCGGAUGUACCCGCCGUAUACUUCGUCUCCCCCACUCUCACCAAUGUCCGAAGGAUAUCCCAAGACCUUGAGAAGGGUCUCUACGAGUCCUAUCACCUCAACUUUGUGGAGCCCCUUCCUCGCGCUUUACUCGAAGAGUUGGCGGGGUCGGUAGCACGAGAUGGAACCGGCGAGCUUGUGGAGCAGGUUCUGGACCAGUACCUUUCCUUCAUUGCACCAUCACCCUCCCUGUUCUCCUUGUUGCCACCUGUCAAUGCUACGCCUUCUCCAUCAUCCGGUACUGCUGCACCGACUGCGGAACCAUCACCUCCCGUCACAACCUAUGAACUUCUCAACUCCCCUUCUUCGUCGGAGCAGCAGAUUGAAGAGGAGAUUGAACGCAUUGCAACCGGUCUCUUCAGUGUCGUAGCCACCAUGGGCCAUGUCCCAAUCAUCCGUGCCCCCAAGGGCAACGCGGGGGAAAUGAUUGCGAAGAAGCUUGAACAAAAGAUUCGAGAUGCGAUCCUGUCAUCCGCGAGACCACUGCUUCUGAUCGUGGACCGAAAUGUCGACCUCACCGCGAUGCUGGCACACGGUUGGACAUAUCAGGCACUUGCCUCGGACUGUCUUGAGAUGAAGCUCAACAGGGUGGUCGUUACUCAGCCCCAGAAACGUUCUUACGACCUCGACUCGAAAGAUUUCUUCUGGGCGAAGAAUGCCGCCAACCCAUUCCCCCAAUACACGCAAGACGCUGAGGAGAUCACACGCUCUACGGGUGUGGGCGACGUGAACGAUAUCGCUCAGAUGGACCUGUCCGCGAACGCAGCACACCUGAAGACGGCGAUCACCGCGCUGCCCGAGCUCACUGCUCGCAAAGCAGUGCUCGACACGCACAUGAACAUAGCGACCGCGCUCCUUGGGGAAAUCAAGAAGCGCGGGCUCGACGUGCUCUUCAGCACCGAGGACGCCGUCACGCGCCAGACCGCGCAGGCGAUCCUCGAGGCCCUCAGGCACCUGAAGUCGGACGCGGCCCCGACCCCGAUGGACAAGCUCCGCCUCGUCCUCGUCUGGUACCUGUCCGCGCCGGACACUGCGGUGUCCAAGGACGACGUCGCGGAGCUCGAGAAGGAGCUCAAGGCUGCGGGCGCGGACGUCGCCGCGUUCGAGUACGUCCGCCGCACGCGCGAGAUCUCGCGCAUGAUGGCACCGAGCAUGCUCGGUGGGGCGUCCACGCCCGUGCCCGGCGUGAGCACCCCGGGCGGCGAGCUCUUCAAGGGCUUCAGCGCGCUUGGUAGCAAACUCACCGUCCACCUGAAAGACGGCGGGUUGGAGAAUCUCAUCUCCGGGGUGAAGAACUUCUUGCCCGCUAACAAGCUCCUCGCCGUCACUCGGCUCACCGAGGCGCUCAUGGACCCGUCCGCAGCGUCGAACCAGUCGCUCCAAGAGACCGACGAGUACCUGUUCCUGGACCCUCGUGCGCCUCGGAACCCCAAUGCCGGACUGGGCAUCUCUGGUGUCGGUGCUCCUGCACCAGGGGGCGCGGGGAGCAUCGUAUUUGUCGUCGGUGGUGCGGGCUACGUCGAGUACGGUAACCUCGAGGAAUGGGCAAAGAAGACUGGAAAAAGGAUUACGUAUGGCGGGACGGAGAUCGUGGAUCCUGGAGGGUUCGUGCAGAUUUUGGAAAGUCUUGGGAAGAAGGCAACGUAG